AUGCUCAAGGAUUUUCAUACUCAAGCAGCAUCAGACUGGACCAACCCCUAUGCUGUGGAUGUAAUCCGGGCAAAGAGGAGGGAUCUAGUUUAUGGGAUCUCACAUACCGAGGAUCUGCUGGAUCACCUCGUCACAGAGGGGGUCAUGACAGCAGCGAAGAGGUCCGUCAUUCUGACCAUCGGGACUCGGGUGGAUCAAAACUGCAGGGUCCUGGACAUCCUGGAAGCCGGAGGUGAAAGGGCAUGUAGGAAAUUCUUCCAUCCGUGUCUUAUGCUGGCGGAACCCGACGUCUAUCAGCAAAUCAAGGCCUAUGUGGGUGGUGUGAACGAAUGUAUUCGAGACACAAGGAGGCAGCUGAUUGGGUAUUUGCUGGAGAGGGAACGAGAGGAGAUGGAUAAAAUUACAGAUAGAACUCAGGAGACUUGUACUUUAUUUGCCACCAAAGAAACAGAGAAAUCUGGCCCUGAAAAGGAAGACAGAAGCACUCAGCCGCUUUUAAAAUCAGAGGCGCAACCAGCACAAUGUAAAACAGAUAAGCUGAUCCACAUGAUUGCUACAGAUGGGGAGGUGGUGCUGCUGGAGAAGCUGUUAGAAAACACUGAUAUUGACACUGUCAAUUCCUCCAGUCAGAGUCUAUUGCAUGUAGCUGCUGAGUAUGGUCACCUGUCCAUCAUAGAGCUGCUGAUCCGUAAAGGAGCCAGACUGGACCUGCAGGAUAAUAAGGGUCACACAGCUCUUCAUAGAGCAGCCAGCAAAGGUCACCCUGAGAUAGUCAGGGCCCUUGUACGCGCCGGGGCCCCCAUCUACACUCUGGAUCGACAAGGCAAAACCACUGUUCACCUAGCAGCGGGAAAUGAGCGCCUGAAUACUGUGAAAGUCCUGGUGAAGGAGGAGGCAGAGCAGUCUGCGAGCCACACACAGGACAUGUUUCUUCACUCUGCAGCCAUGGAAGAUAACUGGAGGCUGGCUGAGAUGCUGCUGCAGAGCGGGGCCGCUGUCGAAGCCAGAAACAACAGCAAAAAAACAGCUCUGUUUUAUGCGGUUUCCAGGAACAACGAGAAAACAGUGAUUGUGCUUCUAAAUGCAGGGGCUAACGUUGACUAUGAUGUUAUAACUGAAGCUGUCAAGCUCAAUGAGGAAUCAAUUCUCCGUCUGCUGCUUGAUCAUGCUAGAGCAGCUCUGAGCGAGGACGUGCUGGGCUCUGCUCUCUUCUCAGCUGUUAAACAGAACCAUGAUGGAGUGGUAGCUGCUCUCAUAGCCAACGGAGCUAAUGUGAACAUGUUGGACAAACAGGGCUACACUCCUCUCCUGCUGUCGGCCGAGCUGGGGCACACUGAAGUCUUCAGAGUGUUAGUGGCAAAACAGGCCAAACUGGAUGCUACAUUAUCUGACCUCUCCUCAGCGUUGCACCUGGCUGUCCACAGUGGCAGUGUGUCCAUUGCGCAGACAUUAUUGGAAAAGGGAUUAGACCCCAACAUUAGUGGACCUAAGGCCCAAACCCCUCUACACCUGGCAGCGCAGUGCAAUAGGCCGGAAUUAGUUGAUCUGUUGUUAAGAGCUGGAGCACAGGUAAAUGCAGGAGCCCAGGAUGGCUUGACCCCUCUGCAUAUAGCCAGUCAGAAGGGCCAUACAGAUCCAGUGAUCCAGCUUCUUAAAGGCAAGGCGGACGCAGAAGUCAAAGACAGGCUGGGAAGAACAGCCUUACACUGGGCAGCCUCUUCCCAGGGAGAAAGCUGUGUGGUAGACUUGCUUCUGUCAGCCAAAGCCAACCCAAACACCACUGACAGUGAGAAAAAAACUGCCCUCCAUCUGGCUGCUAUGGAGGGGAAAACAGAUGCUGUGACUUCACUGUUGUCCUGCAAGGCAAAGGGGAGGGCUAAAGACACGGAUGGCUCCACGCCUCUCCAUUACGCAGCAGCUGGUGGGCAUGCCAGCGUGGUUUCAGCUCUUCUACAGUCACUCAACAACAAGGGGAUAGAGGAGAGCAACGCCUGGAGGAAAAGGCCGCUUCAUGCUGCAGCUGAGAAGGGCCACGCUAGUGUGGCGGUGCAGCUCCUGGAGGCUGGGGCAAAGAUCAACAGUACCGAUCACAGUAAAGACACUCCUCUGCACUGCGCUGCACGGGGCGGACACCACGAGGUAGUGAAGAGGCUUGUUAACUGGGGCCAAGGUGGGCACUUGGGACGGCAGAGGAAGGUGAAUCUACAGGCUACCAAUAACGUGGGGAAAACACCGCUUCAGGUGGCAGAGAGUGGAGGCACACAGGAACAUCAGGAUAUUGCAACUUUUCUUAUGAGAAAGAUGUUUCUUAUGAAAUAA